AUGGAAGAGGAUCAGCUUGCCCUACUUGUUCAAACACUUAAGAGCCAGAUAGGUAUCACGUCUGAGAAAAUCACACAACUCCAAACUGUGUCGAAUACUCUUUUAAAGCCUGAGGAUACGGAAGCUGUAACUGACACUAAGACUGAGCCUUCAAAUAAAAGUCUAACUCGUGAACUUGAAAAGCGUAGAUUACAACUAAUUAUGGACGUUCAGAAACACGACUAUGUGGGAGAAAAGUUAAUGGUAUUGAUAAACCAAAGCGAAGAACUUUUGGCCUAUUUAAAGCUAUUUCUUGUGGAACCAAGAGUUGCUUCUAGUGAAGAAAACUCAAACUACAUUUCUUCUAAAGUCAAUGCCACCGCUGAAUGUCUCAAAUCACAUAUUCAAAAAACCCAAGCUGACCAAACUCGUAUAGCAAUGAAGUUAAGUGAACUAAAUGAUAAAAUGACCUACUUAUUGGAUACUACUAUCACAGGCUUUAACAAUAAGGCUACUACAGGAACUAAGGAAUAA